CCCGUCAGAUUUGCAUUGGGUACUUGACUUGUAACCACUGACUCUGUCGCGCGUGCGGAAAGGGGAAAGCCAGCGCAUCAUUCCUCCAUUCAGUUAACCCGGAUCCAAGCUCCCACUGCUCUGCCACUGCCAUUGCCUGCAGCCAAAGUCAAAGCCAUGGCUACAAAUAAUAUGCACAACCUGACUACGCUCAUCAAAAGGUACCGUCAUACCCAUACCUCUUUCCUCCCAUAACCCAUAUCCCAAAUCCCAAAUCCCACCAACCCACCAACCCACCAAGCCCUACCUACCUACCUAGCUCUCCGCAGCGACCUCCAUACACCUACUUGAGUACAAAGUACCAAUACCUACGUGCACAACUUAUUAUUCUUACUAAACUUAUUAUUCUUACUACUACAUUAUCCAUCCAUCAUGGACGACAAAAUCGUACCGACCGUCUCCCGCGCUGAGCUGACAUCCAUCAUUACCAGACUCGAAGCAGCAACCUCCCGGCUGGAGGAUAUAGCUUCCUCCACCAUCGCUGAGCCUCAAGGGGUAAACGGUGCCGCUCCAUCACCUGCACCAACAGGUCCUCUCCCUCCCCCUCCGGUCGCAGGUGCACCGGCUGCCUCAAAGUCCGUCCAGGAGGAUAUCCCGGAGUUCGUCGAGGACUUUGAUCUAUUCAUUCAGGGACCAGUGAAGAAAUUUGUGGCAUUGAGCGAUGCAAUCGGAGGCCCAAUCUCAGAGCAGGUACGCUACACGGGAGGUGUUGGGCGGAUAUAGGACUGAUGAGGGUUGUAGGCUGCUGGUGUCCUGCGGGCCUUUAUGGGUCAAAGAAAAUUCCUUCUCAUCACGGCAAAAGCGAAGAAACCUGCUAUGGAUUCCCCAAUGUUUAUGGAGUUGCUCAAGCCUCUGCAAGAAGCCAUCUCGGACGUAAACGAAGUCCGCGACAAGAAUCGCUCAAAGAAGGAAAUCUGGCACCAUCUGAGUGCCGUCUCAGAAAGUAUUUCGGUUAUUGCCUGGGUGACUUUAGAAUCUAAACCGGCAAAGAUGAUUGAGGAUUGUUUGCCUUCUGCGGAAUACUGGGGUAAUCGAGUAUUGAAGGAGUUCAAGGAAUCGUAAAUAUGCCUACGCAGAAAUGAGAUGAUGGGAGGCUGACAAAAAGCAUAGUGACCCUAAGCAAGUCGAAUGGAUCCAAGCAUACUACCAGAUAUUCAAGAUUCUAAAGGAAUACAUUGUAGAGACUUUCCCUCAUGGUGUUCCUUGGAAUCCCAAGGGCCAACCUCUGGAAGAAGUAGUCAAAGGCUUUGAGCAACCAUCUAAAGGAGCACCACCUCCUCCCCCACCUGGACCACCCCCACCACCAGCAAGAUUUGAUGAGCCUGCGAAACCCGCACCUGCCCCUGAAGUUGGGGGUCUCGAUGCCGUGUUCAGCGAAUUAAACAAGGGCGAGGCGGUUACCAAGGGGCUCAGAAAGGUCAACCCUGACCAAAUGACCCACAAGAAUCCCUCAUUAAGAGCUGGUGCAUCUGUUCCAACACGCAGUGAUAGUAGUGCUAGCUUGACAUCGAGAGCCAAGUCUCCGGCUGCGCCUAGCAAGAAGCCAAAACCUGAAGGAAUGCGAACCAAGAAGCCUCCUGUCAAGCGAUUGGAAGGCAAUAAGUGGAUCAUCGUAAGCGUCACCUCAUUCAAACAUGAGAACUUGCGUGCUAACAAAUCUAGGAAAACUAUGAUAACGAGCCAAACCCUAUUGAGAUCCAUGCCGAAAUUUCUCACUCAAUCCUCGUCAGCCGCUGUACCAAAACCACAAUAAUGGUGAAAGGCAAAGCAAACGCCAUUUCUAUUGACAACUGCCCUCGUCUAUCACUGAUUAUUGAGUCCCUCGUCUCAUCGAUUGAUGUCAUCAAGGCUAGCAACUUCGGACUCCAAGUCACGGGCACUCUGCCAACGAUUAUGAUGGACCAAGUGGAUGGUGCGCAAAUCUAUCUUGGAAAGGAAAGCAUGAAAACCGAGGUCUUCUCUAGCAAAUGUUCGAGUAUCAAUCUCCUACUGCUGGAAGAUGACGAUGAGGACUAUAAGGAAGUGGCGUUGCCAGAACAGAUCCGAAGCUAUAUUGGUGAUGAUGGAAAGGUGGCUAGUGAGAUUGUCGAGCAUGCCGGUUAGGGGAGAGAUUUCGCUCGUUAAAUCUUGAGGAUGGAGUGGUAUGUAGGCUGAGAAGAGUUGUAAUAUAAAAGUGUCUGUUGCGGCUACGGCUUGGUUUUUGGCCAGAUGGUAUACUGAAUGCGUAGAGCGAAAUGCAGAAGAAGCUUUUCAGAUGUAGUGCAAUCUAUGCUAUCUUGUU